ACACACUCUGAAGAUGACAGCAUCUGUUCAAUACAUAAGAAAACUGCUGGGAAAAAGCAGCUGUGCGACAAGCAACCUGUUGAACACUGGACACAAAACACAGAAGAACACUACCGAUUCUAAAACCAUCAGGAACAAAGAUGGAAAAAGUCAUAAAAGAAACGUAGUGCAAUUCCAAGACAACACAACAGAGCAGUAUAUACGGAAAAGUGUCGUUUUAAGAAGAAAAGAAAAUGAAACUUUUGGGUUUGACAUCCAGACAAGCAGUGUUGAGAGAAGCAUCAGUACUGAGCAGGAUUUGGGCUCGUGUGUGUGUUGGGUGAAGGAGAACAGUCUGGCAGAGAGUAGUGGGUUAAUGACAGGUGAUGUUAUUAUAACGGUCAACAGUGUGUAUAUUGCUGGAUUCACUCAGCAGCAGAUCAACAAUCUGGUUCAAAAGUCCUCCACCUUAAUGAUGGAGAUUAUCAGAGGUUCUACAGAAAAGCAGAGACAAUUGCUUAGCAAGCGUUAUCUCCUGCAGAAACAGUUUACAGAGAAAUGCGAAGAGCUUCAGACACUCAUCGCAGAGGAAGUGCGUCUGGCAGGAGGUGCUGUGGAAAACAUCCAGAAGCUAAAUGUCCUUCCUGCAGAAUCCUCUGCGAACCUUUGCUGACAGUAUGGACAGAGAGUUUUUUCACACUUCUAAUACAAUCAAACACACCUAAUCAAGGUUGUGGGCUUCACUGGAAAAUUACAGGCUAGUGCAUUAGAGUAGGCUCGAAACUAAGCUCUCUGGUAAAGCAGAGUUUAAAGUUAGUCCAGGAAAACAAAUCCUGGCCAUAUGCUCAAGGAGACCCCAUGAGAGACCCUGUUCAGACAGCAUAUUUUCUGUACAAUGCUACAUCGUGGUUUGAAUUAGUGAGUGAAAAGCUAAAUAUUGAUGUACAGA